AUGACUUCAACUCGGACGGACUUGUCGACCGAGGAAGGGGAUCAUCAAAACCGCGAUGAGUCGCAUUCGCCGAUUUCGAUGGCCAGCACGGGAAUCAGCUUCGAAGAAAUAGGCCAUGACGAUAUUGAAGAUAUCAAUAAAUCGGAAGCUGGCAAAAAGUCACCGACGAUUUCUUCACUUGCUUCUUCCUCCUCAAAAGAUGUUUCGAUUAUAGAAGACGCUUCGGAAACAGAAGUCAGCGGCGACGACGAAGAAAGCUCAACUGCCGCCAAUCGUAAUCUUCGAAAGCAAUCGGAAAUGCAGUUGGAGGAAGAGCCAGUCGUUGCUCCAGAGCAACCUCCUUUGCCGGACUCUCCGGCUUACACUCCGCGGGGAUUAAACGACUCGCUAUCACCAACUGAUGCCGUGCCUCUAAGAACGAAUCAUCCUUUCCAGUACUCGGAUCCAGAGUUGAAAGCCGAGCCUGCUCUAAUUGAGAAUCUUGAAAUAGCAGCACCAAGUCCGCCCCAAAGAGCCACCGUUGAAAGCGACUUUUCUGAAGAGGAUGCGGAUGACGAGCGUAACAAUUCGAGAGAAGAGAGCCCGGUUCUAGAAGAACGCCCCGAGACGCCGGUCAGAGAUCAGAGAGAAGAAGAACGAAAUCAUGGAGGAGAAGCUUCGAAUCUACAAGUUCCAAAUGAGGAAUUUUUUAAUUUUGAAGAAAUCAUUCGGGAUUUGCGGGAAGAGCUGGAAACGACUAGAACUGAAUUUGAUCUUCAACAAGACUCCCAAGUUGACGAAUUGAACUCUCUGAAGGAAGAAAUAAAGCGUCUGAUGAAACAAAAUACCAAAUUAGGUGAUGAGAAUGAAGAAAUAAGCUAG